AUGAAGAGAUCUCCAAAACUUAGAGGUGCAAGACGUAAGAGACCGAGCGGUGAGAAGAAAGGAAGAGGAGCGGGAGUUUGUGCUCUCAGACGGGUUCAGAUGAAAGUUUCUGAUCUGGGUUUGGGCUACAAGAGUCAAGAAGAGCUGAUCUACAGUUACUGCAGUGGUGUUUGUAUAAACUCUCUCACAAACUAUGACAAAAUCCUCAACAGUCUCACGGCCAGCGAUAAAUCCCGCCUGCUUUACUCCCCUCCCACCGCCUGCUGUCGACCAAUCGAAUUCGAUGAUGACCUGUCAUUUUUGGAUGACAACUUGAUAUAUCACACUAUGGAAAGGCAUUCGGCACGGAAAUGUGGAUGUGUCUAGACCAACUCGGCUGAGACAAAACAAGAUGAAUCGUAUUAAGUCACUU